GAAAAAACAACCACUGAAAAACAACCUAGCCACCAUGAAGGUCAUCACUAUCCUCCACCUCCUCCUCGCCAUGCUUGGUGCUACAUUGGCAAUUAGCGGAGUAGUACCCGGCAACAACACUUUCGAGAUCCGGGUACGCAGGAACGAGACCAGUGGCCACCAUAAAAACAACCAUAAAAAAGACAACUCCACCCUCGACCCCCUCCAUUCUAUCGAAGACCCUAAGAUACGAGGUUCUUCGCGACCGACGCAAAUGUUCGACCUCGCCGCCGCCUCCACUAACAAACUCAACUGGCCGUACCCCCGCGUGAUCCCAGUUUCUCACACUGGGUGCACCGAUUGGCCGCUCCAAGUCGACAAGAUGAAAGUCGCGGUCCAGAAUAUGAUAGAAUGGAACGACAACGGAGGAGAAGUCGAGCCCCGAUGGCUGCACGCCGAGAUCCACGGGCAUGUCGGCGUGUACCAGUGCAACUGUAAAUGGAUGUACUACGACAAGGCGCCGGCAAGCGAGAUGUGGGAAUUCUUCGACCGUCUCGAGGACGAGUGCGGAGUCGGGCAGAGCGGCUGGAUUUUCAGCGAGGAGUGGGAGAAGGGCUGGGCUAUUGCUACUGCGAAGUAUAUACAGACUACUUCGCCGCCUGAGAGGUUAUGCCCUGAAUACUGCUGCGGGAUUUGAGCUGGGACUUUGGGGAUGGAUUGGGACUUGGUUGAGGGGUGGAAAACAUAUUUAUGACUCAUGAUAGCGACAUGUUUUGGAGUUUGGGGAAUGGCAUUUGUUCGUGGGUUUUUUUUUUUUUUUAUACCACGGAGUCAUGGGGUGGACUUUCUUUGGUACUAUACCAGACUUACGGAUAGCAAUCAAAGCACAGCGAAAACUACACACACAUAACUGGUCUUCUCGUAAACUUUGAAUGUGAAUUCUGAAUGUGAUGUCAGUAAAAUUGUGUAAAGUUAUUCAUUAAGCAUAACGCAUGAAACGUAUAAUAUCAUCGGAGAGGUAUAGUGACAAUGCCAAUAGUACUAAUAACAACAAUCCGUCCAUAACCCUAUUGUCUACCAUGCAAAAUGCGCCCUAUGGUAUAGGUCCUUCCUCAAACUCCCUGUGUAAAUGCAGAUUG